UUGGCAUAAUUAACCUAAAAUUAAACGGCCUCCAAACAAAAGUAUCUUAAUUCGAUUUUUUUUGAAGAAAUGCUUUCCCGACGUAAAUUGAAACUUCGAAUUAAAUUGGUUAUUUUUCUAUGUUUUUCAUUGUUUUUACUUGCAUUAUACACCGUUAUAACAUAUGUUUUUCCUCAAGAAAUUGAUAGAAAAACCCUUCUACGACAAAUAGAAAUGAGUUUAGCCAGUGAAAAUGAUUCACUGUUGUGUAAACCUCCGAAUUUACCUAUUUAUUCUCCAGAAAUGAUGAAAUUUGUUCAUGAUGUGCAUCCGAUAGAUUGCAAAUUAUCUGGCAAAAACUGGGUGAAAUGUAAAGGUUCCAUAUGUUCUAUCCAGGAAGAAGCUAAAAUUGCUCAUGGAAAAAUCCAAUGUGUUUUCACUGAUAUACUUCGAGUAGAUGAUUAUGAAAAUGUUGAUGGUAAAUCUACUGUUACUGAUGAUACAUAUCAAUUAACUGAAAGUGAUGUGGUCAAAGUAGUUUGUAACUCGUUAAAGAGCAAGUGGUCUACAGUUUUGACAACUAUUAGAAAGAAUGAUACUAUUUGGAGAGAGUCAAGUUGGAAUAAAGUUCCAGAUGAAGCUCUGAAAAUGAAUGUCCUCAUGUUUGGGGUCGACUCUGUUUCUCGAAAUCUGUUUAUGAGAAAAUUGCCCCAAACCUACAGUUACAUUACUAAAAAUUUGAAAGGUGUUGUUUUGAAAGGCUACAACAUUGUUGGUGAUGGCACACCUCAAGCUCUUAUCCCAAUGUUAACAGGUAAAACAGAAUUAGAACUACCAGACACAAGGAAACGUUUUCAAGGUACUGAAUUUGUCAAUGCAUACCCUUUCAUUUGGAAUGAAUUUAAAAAAUCUGGUUAUGUGACUGGUUAUCUAGAAGAUAUGCCACUUUAUGGAAUUUUUACCUAUAGAUUGAAUGGAUUCAAGGAAACUCCUGCAGACCAUUAUAUGAGGCCUUAUUACUUAGCAGAACAAUCUGAACAUAAAAAGUGGCCUAAGUUCUGCACUGCCAAUACUCCUCGACAUAAAGUUAUGACCAACUUUAUCAAAGAUUUUUACAAAACAUAUCAAGCUAAACCCAAAUUUAUGUUUGGUUUUCAUGGAGAAUUAUCUCAUGACGAUUAUAAUUUGGUUGGUGCUGCAGAUAGGGACUUCAAAGAAUUUUUGUCAGACCUGAAUGAAUCUAAUCUUUUGAAUAAUACAAUUCUAGUAGUAUUUGCAGAUCACGGGCAUAGGUUUGCUGAGAUAAGGAAUACCCUUCAAGGAAAACAAGAAGAGAGAUUACCAUUUUUUUCGAUUAUACUUCCCCCUUGGUUCCAGAAAAAGUACCCUAAAAAUUAUAAAUAUUUAAGGAACAAUAUUGAGAGACUUGCAACUCCUUUUGAUGUUCAUGCAACGUUGAAGAGUAUACUCAACAUUAGUGUCAAUGAAGGGGUCAACAAGAAUGGGAGAUCCAUUUCUUUAUUCACAGAGAUACCAACGAACAGAACCUGCUCCAAGGCUUUCAUAGAACCCCAUUGGUGCGCAUGCUUGACUUGGCAUCCCUUAGAAAUAACAGACCCAAUCAUAUCCAAACUGAGCGACACAUUAGUCGCUACUUUGAAUAACUAUACCGCUCAAUAUCGUAAUCUUUGUGAUGUAUGGAAGUUGCAUAAGGUGAAUUGGGGGAGUAAGCUCUUGGCAAAUGAGAAUCUGGUCAAAUUCAAGCAAAAUUCUGAUCGUGACGGUUUUGCAGCCGAUUUAUCAGCUGAUACUCGGGUUGAAAUCGAGACCUAUCAGAUAAACGUAGAACUUAUGCCUGACGGAGCUUUGUUCGAAGCCAGCAUAAUACACAGAAUUCAAGAUGACAUUUUUUCGGUUAGGAUAAGUGACAUAAGUAGAAUAAACAUGUAUGGAAAACAAGCAAGGUGUAUCGAGGAUAGUUAUCCACAUCUGAGGAAAUUUUGUCACUGUAGAGAUUGAUUAAUGAGAGAGUUCAGUAUUAUUGAUAAAAUUUAGGUCUUUCGUACCUAUUCUAGUCAUUAAUUUCAUCGGCAAAAGUUUACUUGAGCGCCCAUUCCUUUGAAUAAAGUAUUGUACAAAAACUAGGAUUGCUGGACAUAUAUCCGUCAAAUUGUGAUAUUUUCGCCAUUCGACGCUCGAAUAACUUGUAUGUUUAUGUAUAUCCAAAAAUUUGAUUGAUUUUUCACUGUACUGAGUGAGCCUAACCUAACCUCAAAAUUAUUAAUUUCUAUGAUCAUCCAAAAUUGACUCGCGUUACUCUCGAUAACAUAACUCAAACCUUUUCUUGGUAACAACCAUUUGAAUCAUUAUGGUUGAUAAAAAAAAUCUAAGAUGGGCGCUGAAGUGAACAGCAGCCUACUGACCUAACCUUUUGUAUUAUUUUUUUUUUUUUUUGUAUACAAUUCGAUUAAGGAACUUAAGUAUUAAUUUAGCAAAACAUAGGCGCUUCUUUCUAUACCUUUCUUUUCAUAUUGAAUUAUGAAUUUUUAUUGAAUAUCAUAUGUAUAUUGAAAAUUGAAAUCUAUCAGUUAGGUUGAACCCGCCUUCGUUGAAAUUUUAUGUUUUUGAACUGGAACAGCAACUAGUCAGUAUAUUCAUUCAAGCUCUUUUUUCAUAAAACGUUGAUAUAUGACUAAAUGUCCUCCUGUCCAGUUUAACAUUUCCGUUUAAUAAAACUCGAAAUGUGCCUUAUAUGGCUUACUUUAUUCAAUUAUGAUUUUGCGAAAAUAUUAAAGAAACAGCAGAUUCAAAAAGUAUUAUUUUGAUGCUUGUACAAUUUUGUUUGUGAAGUAUUGUUUGGAUUUUUAUGUACUAUGUCUCUUUUAUACAAUAAGGAAAAUAUAAUAAGCUUAAAAAAUA